UUCCUCCAGGAGCAGCAGGCCUCGCAGAGCUCCGCCACACACACGCAAACAUACACACACACACACAUGCAGACAGAGUACGGGCAACCGUCAAAGCAAAGCCACGUUUGGGAUUGUCUAACCUUAACGCCGCUAAACCUGGAUGCCCGCCACCCACAGGAGUCCUCCUAAUGGGCCUUCAUCGCUAAUUUGCAGCAACAUCUGCUCGACACUACAGUGGUAUCUUUUGGCUCUGAUGGUACUAGCUGAACACUGACCGCUACCUGCCUGAGGACACCUGCUGCCCAAUUCCCCUAAUCAUGUCUGGGAUGCACGCACCAUGGUCGACUGGCACAGAGUGUGUAGCCAAGUACAACUUCCAGACUGCCAACGAACAGGACCUGCCUUUCUGUAAAGGAGAUGUACUGACUAUCAUCGGAGCCACGAGGGAUCCCAACUGGUACAGAGCGAGGAACACAGUGGGCAGAGAGGGCACCAUACCAGCUAACUAUGUCCAGAAAAGGGAAGGAGUCAAGUCAGGAGGGAAGCUCAGUCUUAUGCCCUGGUUUCACGGGAAAAUAACUCGGGAGCAGGCCGAGCGACUCCUCUACCCUCCGGAGACGGGUCUGUUCCUGGUGAGGGAGAGCACCAACUAUCCCGGUGAUUACACCCUGUGUGUCAGCUGCGACGGCAAGGUGGAGCACUACCGCAUCAUCUACCACAACGGCAAGCUCACCAUCGACGAGGAGGAGUACUUUGAGAACCUCAUGCAGCUGGUUGAGCAUUACACCAAAGAUGCUGAUGGCCUUUGCACCCGGCUGAUUAAACCCAAGCUGAUGGAGGGGACAGUGGCAGCACAAGACGAGUUCUCCAGGAGCGGCUGGGCCUUGAACAGAAAGGAGCUGAAACUUCUGCAGACCAUUGGUAAAGGGGAGUUUGGAGAUGUUAUGGUAGGAGACUACAGAGGGACCAAGGUGGCGGUCAAGUGCAUCAAAAAUGACGCCACAGCGCAGGCUUUCAUCGCAGAGGCCUCCGUCAUGACGCAACUGAGGCACAACAACCUGGUGCAGUUGUUAGGGGUAAUUGUGGAGGAGAGGGGCAGUCUCUACAUCGUCACAGAGUACAUGGCUAAGGGCAGCCUAGUGGACUACCUGCGCUCCCGGGGACGGACUGUGCUCGGAGGAGACUGCUUACUCAAGUUCUCACUUGAUGUGUGUGAAGCCAUGGAGUACCUGGAGGCCAACAACUUCGUGCACAGAGACCUGGCAGCUCGUAACGUGCUGGUGUCCGACGACAACAUCGCCAAGGUCAGCGACUUCGGCCUCACCAAGGAGGCCUCCUCCAUACAGGACACCGCCAAGCUGCCCGUCAAAUGGACCUCCCCCGAAGCUCUACGAGAGAAGAGGUUUUCCACCAAGUCAGACGUCUGGAGUUAUGGAAUCCUACUUUGGGAGAUCUACUCCUUUGGCCGUGUGCCUUACCCUAGAAUUCCGCUGAAAGAGGUGGUGCCCCGAGUAGAGAAGGGAUACAAGAUGGACGCCCCAGACGGCUGCCCGCCCGUGGUGUACGACCUGAUGAAGCAGUGCUGGACCCUGGACUCCGUUGUGCGGCCCUCCUUCCGCAUGCUGAGGGAGAAGCUGCAGCAUAUCAGAGCCAAGGAGCUCUACCUGUGAAGAGGAGGCCCAGGGGGGGGCGACGGGGGGAGAGGAGGGGGGGGCAAGACACAGCCCAGCACAGCUGUAAAGUAGGAGGAGGAGGAGAAGGAGAAGAAGAGGGACCACAGGACCUUCCUCCUGCCUGCCCAGCCUGUUGAUCUGUGGGACUGCCAUACUGCGCCCCCUCCCCCGCCCUCAGGCGUCCACCAGCCGCCCUCUUGCUUCCAUACAAGGACUGUUUUUCUGUUUGUGUUGUAUAGCUUUUGCCAGACAGUUUCCUCUUCUCCCGAUGGGCCACUGCUCUUUCCUCCUUCUGUACCUGCCACUGCUCUCUCUCUCUCUCUCUCUCUCUCUCUCUCUCUCUCUCUCUCUCUCUCUCUCUCUCUCUCUCUCUCUCUCUGUCUCUGUCUCUCUUUCUUUUCCUCCCCUCCUCCUCCUCUCCUGAACAUGGCAUUAACUAGAGGGGAGGCUGGCCUUUUCCUCCACGUUUGUCAGGUGCUCUUUCUUCUUCCCCCACGUCCCUCUCCAUCAUUCCUGGAUCUCUGUAUCACCGUGUGGCUCUGCAUGAAAUCAGCCCAGCUCUCUGUCAUUCCAUCCUUCCCUCCCUCCCUCCCUCCCUCCCUCGUUCCCUCCAUCCCCUUCCCUCGGCGUGGUGUCAGGUGUGGGGCCUUCGCUCUGUGCUAAAGUGCCUCCAGUCUACAGAGCUCCAGACUUCCCUCCAGCACGUUUUUUUCAACUGGACUGUUGUAGUUUUAUUUUUUAUUUUAAUUACUUUUUUUAAGAAAUCUUUUUUAUUGCUUUCUUUUUUUUCAGGGAGGUUAUCAAACCGUUUUUUUUUUUGUUUUUUUUUUAGUGCUGUCUCCUCCACCAUCACCCCAUCAGACUGGGAUUUUUUCCCCAUGUGUCAAUAAAGAGAGUGAACAGGAAGAGAGAGGAUUGGGGGCCAUUAUCAUGUUUGCCUUCCAACCAAUACAGUUCGGAGGAGUGUUGGGUGGGUGGCAGGACAAUAACAGGAGACGGGGGGGAGAGGCAGUUCACAAACAUGGUCGAUUCAUCAUACGUGGGCUUGUUUUUAUAUCAAAAUAUAUUUAAAGGAUUAAAAAAAAAAAACAAGGAAAAAACUGACUGGGGCAGAGAAUAAAAAAGGAGGACUUUCAGAAGCCAGGUGUGUCCUGGCGUUAGGAAUGUUCAGUGUCUCUGUGAACGCUGGGGUCGGGGUGGUGCAUGCUGUGUGUGAGAGGCCUUGGGUUCAACUGUCAGUGCUUUCAAUGUUCAUUGUUUUAUUAUGCUAUCAUGAUUAUGAAUAAAUCAUUCCAUCUGAACAGUGUGGAAACACCUGCA